CCCCGCCGGGGUCCGGCCGGCAGGCCCGAGGGGCGGGGCGCGCGGCCCGAGGUGAGGGACCGCCGGCUGUAGGCGGACAGCAGCGAGGGCUAGCGAGCCGGUCCGCGAGGGACGUGCGCGGACCGAGGACCCGCGCGCUGAGCCGCCGCCGCCGCCGCCGCCGCCCCCCGACCCCGGCCGGCCCCGGGCUCCGCGCCAGGAGGCGGCGGCCCGGCCGAGCCCCAAUCCAGAGAGCCCGGGGGACCCCCGACGGCCGCCCGUCCGGCGAGGGGCCAGAGGAGAAGGACGAGGAGGAAGGGCGGCCUCACCGGGGACCCGGCAAUGGCGCUCGACUUCCUGGCUGGAUGCGCUGGGGGUGUGGCAGGUGUGCUCGUGGGACACCCAUUUGACACAGUCAAGGUGCGGCUUCAGGUCCAGAGCCUGGAGAAGCCUCAGUACCGAGGGACCCUGCACUGCUUCCAGUCAAUCAUCAAGCAGGAGAGUGUGCUGGGCCUGUACAAGGGCCUGGGCUCGCCCCUCCUGGGGCUCACCUUCAUCAACGCGCUGGUGUUCGGCGUGCAGGGCAACGCCCUGCGGGCGCUGGGCCGCGACACGCCGCUGAACCAGUUCCUGGCCGGCGCGGCGGCGGGCGCCAUCCAGUGCGUCAUCUGCUGCCCCAUGGAGCUGGCCAAGACGCGGCUGCAGCUGCAGGCCGCGGGCCCGGCGCGCACCUACCGCGGCUCGCGGGACUGCCUGGCGCAGAUCUACCGGCGCGAGGGCCUGCGCGGCGUCAACCGGGGCAUGGCGUCCACGCUGCUGCGCGAGACGCCCAGCUUCGGCGUCUACUUCCUGUCCUACGACGCGCUCACGCGCGCGCUCGGCUGCGAGCCCGGCGACCGGCUGCUCGUGCCCAAGCUGCUGCUGGCGGGCGGCACGUCGGGCAUCCUGUCCUGGCUGUCCACCUACCCCGUGGACGUGGUCAAGUCGCGGCUGCAGGCCGACGGGCUGCGGGGCGCCCCGCGCUACGGCGGCUUCGUGGACUGCGUGCGCCAGAGCUACCGCGCCGAGGGCUGGCGCGUGUUCACGCGCGGCCUGGCCUCCACGCUGCUGCGCGCCUUCCCCGUCAACGCCGCCACCUUCGCCACCGUCACCGUGGUGCUGUCGUACGCGCGCGGCCCCGAGGCCCGGCCCGACGGCGAGGCCGUGCCCGCCGCCGCGCCGGGGCGCGGCCUGGCCCAGCCCUCCAGCCUGUGAGGCGGGCGCCCGGGCGCCGCGGGCCGCGGACGCCGGCGGGCCUGGGCUGCCUUCCACGCGCCGGCCGGGGGGCCCUUGGCCGCAGGCUUGACGUCCGCGGGGCCCUCGGCCGGGAGACGGGGAGCCUCCUACCCGCACCGGCCAGCCGCCGAGCUCCGAGGUGACGGCGUGUAGCGCCCCCCGCGCCGAGCCUGGCGCUGUCCCUUGGGGUCUCCGGAAAGCCCGCCGACGCUCCAGCCCUUUCCCGGGAUCCGGGCCGCCACCGCCGUGGGGUCUCUGACGACUCGCCGGUGGGCCACCCAGCGGCUAACCUCCAGUCGGCCACCUUGCAGGGGGCACUUCUCGGCCAGCUGUCCGGUCUCUGUAUCAGGGACGGAGAGGCAGCUCCGGGUGCCUCCUGGUGUCCCAGGACAUAAUAUGCUGCUGUGAUGCACCCCAGCUUCUCCGUGUGGCACAGCUGGGAAUGUCCCGGCUGCCGCCACCCCCACGGGCCGCUAAGAGGCUUGGGACCAGCUGGCAGCUCCAUAUGAGCCUAGGGGCUGGGCUGGGGGACCAGGCACGGGCCAGUGGGAGGGGAGCUCAAUGGUUAAGUCCAGCCGCGGGAGGGGAAGGCUUGUCACCCUCUGGUCCUCAGGCUGCCUGUCUGUAAAAUGGGGACAUGGGUCAGUCACUGCGUGGGGCUCUGGCCGCUGGCCAGGGUUCCCUAAGCCAUGCAGAGGAGUCAUCAAGGAGAUCGGUACAGGAGGAUCCCCACGCCCCAGCAAAUGAUGUCUCUCCCAGGGAGUCUCCUCCUGCUUGGUGUUCCCAUGAGGCCGUGGAGGAAGGGCCUGUUCGUGGACACAGUACAGCGUGGCCGUGUAUUUGCACAGGGAGGCAGAUGGUUUUGCACAAGUUGGAGAUGACUGUGGCCUCCUUUGCCCUGAGCGGGGCUCAGCCUCUUGGGCAAUGUGAUAUGCUCUCCCAGGAGGCUGACUCGGGUCAAGGAAGACAAGAUUCCCACCCUAUUCUCGUGGUGUCAUUGUUGUAUAGAAACCGCUGAAGGAAUAAAACAUUCUUUGUUUUCUUAA